AGAGUUGCAGAAUUAAAAGGCACAAAGCAGACAGCAACUGGUUCAGCUGCUAGCACAUCAUCUCAUCCUGUCAAGAGAAAAACUGUUGACACAGAAAAUACAGAGUUAAAGAGAGUAAAAGGUACAGACGAAAAGCCACAUACUUCUACGUCUGGGCUACCAGCAGAUUUUUUUGAUGACACGGAGCAAGGUAAUGCAAACGAACAGCUUUCAAAGGAUCCAGGUCCCAGCUUAUUGGCAGGAAAUUAUGAUGAUGAUGAUGAUGAUGAUGAUGAUGAUGAUGAUGAUGAAGAGGAGGAGGAGGAGGAACAACAAGAUCAGUCAAAAAAAUCUUCUGUUAUGCACAAAACUGAAAUUCCACCUCCAACUCAAGAAGCUAAUUCUUUGCCUGCAGACUUCUUUGACAGCAAAACUACAGCUGCUCCUUUAGUUUCCCAUUCAGGAUCCAUACAGAAAGCAGAGAUACAAGAGAAGAUAGUGGAAAGGAAAGAAAAUACUGCGGAAGCUUUGCCAGAAGGUUUCUUUGAUGAUCCUGAAGUGGAUGCAAAGGUGCGAAAAGUUGAUGCUCCCAAGGAUCAGAUGGACAAAGAAUGGGAUGAAUUUCAAAAGGCAAUGCGACAGGUCAACACAAUUUCAGAAGCAAUAGUGGCAGAAGAGGAUGAGGAGGGGCGACUAGAUCGUCAGAUUGGAGAGAUCGAUGAGCAGAUUGAAUGUUAUCGCCGCGUUGAGCUUUUGCGUAACCGCCAGGAUCUGAUGAAGGAGAAGUUAAAGGAAGCCAUGAGGUUAAAAGCAGCACAAGAGAAAGAGGAUGAGGCUGUUGGUAGCGAAGAUGAAGAAGAAUUGCAGGAUCUGCUGUCUCAAGACUGGCGGGUGAAAGGGGCUUUGUUGUAGCAUUUCUGCCACGGGGUUGACACUCUCUUUACCUGUGAUGUUACUUCUGUUGUCCAGAGUGAGACGCUUUUGUUAAGUAUUUAUUUAAAGAGGAUCAUGAGAUGGUAAAGAACCAAGUGU